CUGCUUCUAUUUUGCAUGUGCUUCUCUUCUACUUUUUCCCAUCACAAAACUUCAAUAGUUCAAUCUACGUUUACCGCUUUGAAGCCUAAACUGAUAUGGAAUCCCAUUUAUCCAUUUAAUGGAUUCAUGAUAAUGAGUGGCAUCUCUGAUAAUGAUUUUUGAAGAAAUCUGAGAUAUAAAUCCAGUGUUUGAAGAAGAAAGACACAAAAAAAUGGCACCAGAAAACAUUUGGCUUUCAUUUUCACUGCCGUCAUUGGAAAUGAUCGACUCUUGCUCGCUGGCUACUAUGGAACUUGCACCAUUUGAAACCUCUUCCGCCGCCGCCUCACACCACCUCUAUAGUUUCGCCGAUAACUUCAAUGCCAAUGGAUCGUAUAAUCAGAACUCACGAGCCAUAUACUCAGAGGCUGAAAACCAUCAAGCGAAAGAAAACAACUCCAUCAAUUUCACUAGCUACAUGGACCCAUAUAUGCACCAAAACAUGCAGCCACAGCCUAAACUUGAGGAUUUUUUUGGAGGCGACUCGACGGAGACUCAAGAUUCAUCCCUAACUCACAUCUACGACCACCACCAGACAGGUGGCGACGAUUCCUACUUUAGUAAUAAUGAGCAGCAAGAUCUCAAGACUAUUAAUGGGUUUCAAGCCUUUUCCACGAACUCGGGCUCGGAGGUUGAUGACUCGGCUUUCGCGGGUCAUACUCAGUCUCCGGUUGAGCCAGGGAUCGAGUUGGUGGCUCACUGCCCCAUUACUGCUUCUGCUUCUGCUACCAAUACUAAUGCUCUAUCCUUGGGUGUUGAUGACAAUGCACAAUGCUCUGAGAGUAAUAAUAAAACCAUUGUUUGUGUUGACUCGGAGAGGAAUUGUAAGAGAGUUACAAAUACUUUUGGUCAGAGAACUUCCAUUUACAGAGGCGUCACAAGACACAGAUGGACAGGAAGAUAUGAAGCGCAUCUAUGGGAUAACAGCUGUAGAAGGGAGGGACAAGCAAGAAGAGGACGUCAAGUGUACUUGGGUGGAUAUGACAAGGAAGAUAAGGCAGCAAGAGCUUAUGAUUUAGCAGCUCUGAAAUACUGGGGCGUCACCGCCACCAUCAAUUUCCCCAUCGCCAAUUACACCAGAGAGUUGGAGGAGAUGAAGCACGCAACUAAACAAGAGUUCAUUGCCUCCCUAAGAAGGAAAAGUAGCGGUUUCUCAAGAGGAGCAUCAAUUUAUAGGGGCGUUACGAGGCAUCAUCAGCAAGGUCGAUGGCAAGCAAGAAUUGGUCGUGUUGCAGGGAAUAAAGAUCUCUACCUUGGAACAUUUGCUACUGAGGAGGAAGCAGCAGAGGCAUAUGAUAUAGCUGCAAUAAAGUUUAGGGGAGUGAACGCUGUGACCAAUUUCGAGAUGAGUCGUUAUGAUGUGGAAGCCAUUGUCAAGAGUUCCCUCCCUGUUGGUGGGACAGCCAAGCGCUUGAAACUCUCACUUGAAGCUAAAGAGAAAUGUCCUACUAACGCUAACCUGCAAAUACAGUCGAGCAGCAACAGCAUCAACUUUGCGCCCCUUAAGCAGUCUGUAUCCACCGUUCCACAUGGAAUACCAUUUGAUGUCAAUUUCUUCCACCAUCUCCAUCCCACCAACGCAGGUGUCUCCGCUGCUGCCCCAACCGUGGUAACUCCAAUGUGAGCUGAUUUUUUCACAUGGCCUCACCAAUAUCGUACGAAUGGUAACUCUUAGGUGCUGUAGGCAGUAAUUUCUUUUAAGCUGACCUUCAGCUAACCCAGAAAUAUAUGGUACUGCUAAUGAAAUGAAGAAUAAAGUUUUUGUUUUACUAGGUAAAAGCUGGGAUGCUGUAAGUACUAGCUUCUCUUUAAUAGCUUUGGUUAGAUAUAUGCCCUGAACUAUACAAGAAAACUCAGCGGAUAUGGAAAAUUUUUCGAAUGGUUUUCCAUUUCUC